GACAAUGGCGGCGCCCAUGUUGCGCUGGUGCUGUCCUGGAAGGCGGUUUGCUUUCGCUCGGGUUGGCUGCGGUUCUUACCACAGAAGAGGGUCUCCGACUGGGUCCACGUCCAACGGGAAAAGAGGGCAGAGCUCGGUGGCUCAGCAGCCCCACAUCACAGCCCAGAAGUCGAGAAAAGGUGAACGUGAAUGGGCAGCUGUAGUAGGAUUGGAAAUUCAUGCCCAGAUUGCCUCCAACUCCAAACUCUUUUCUGGAUCUCAAGUCCACUUUGCAGCUCCUCCCAAUUCUUUGGUAUCUUUUUUUGAUGCAUCUCUACCUGGAACUUUGCCGGUCCUCAACAGGCGGUGCGUGGAAGCGGCCGUGAUGACUGGCCUAGCCCUGGACUGUCAUAUCAACAGGAAGUCCUUGUUUGACCGGAAGCACUACUUCUAUGCAGACCUCCCUGCGGGCUACCAGAUUACCCAGCAGAGGCUACCGAUCGCUGUGAACGGGAGCUUGGCAUACAGUGUCUCUGUGGGGAGGAAGCCAAGUCAGAUGGUCACCAGGACCGUGAGGGUGAAGCAGAUCCAGCUGGAGCAGGACAGCGGCAAAAGCCUGCACGAUGACCUGCGGUCCCAGACGCUCAUUGACCUGAACAGGGCAGGGAUCGGCCUUCUGGAAGUGGUCCUGGAGCCUGACAUGUCCUGUGGAGAAGAGGCGGCCACAGCUGUCAGGGAGCUGCAGCUGAUUCUUCAGGCCUUGGGGACCAGCCAGGCCAACAUGGCAGAGGGCCAGUUAAGAGUGGAUGCCAAUAUAUCUGUGCAUCGCCCUGGGGAGCCUUUGGGCGUUCGAACCGAAGUGAAGAAUCUCAACAGUGCCCGAUUUUUGGCCAAAGCUAUAGACUAUGAAAUUCAGAGGCAAAUCAAUGAACUUGAGAAUGGAGGUGAAAUUCUGAAUGAAACUCGCUCGUUUGAUUACAAGCUUGGGUGCACCGUGCCGAUGAGAGACAAAGAAGGAAAACAAGACUACAGGUUCAUGCCGGAGCCCAACCUGCCCCCGCUGCUGCUCUACGACUCAGGGUCCCUCCCCUCCGGCGCAGACCCGCAGCAGGUGAUCAACAUCGACAGGCUUCGCGAGCGGCUCCCCGAGCUGCCCCGGGUGACCCGCGAGAGGCUCGUGCGACAGUACGGGAUGCUGCCGGAGCACAGCUGCGCCCUGCUGAAUGAAGUUGGCCUACUGGAGUUCUUCCAAAAUGUGAUCAAAGAAACUAGGGCAGAGCCCAAAAAAGUGACUAGUUGGGUCCUCAACACUUUCCUGGGCUUUUUAAAGCAACAGAACCUUGCCGUCAGUGAGAGUCCCGUCACACCCUCCACCCUGGCUGAGCUGCUGGACCUGCUGGACAGGAAGGCCAUCUCUUCGUCCGCAGCCAAGCAGGUGUUUGAGGAACUGUGGAGGAAUGAAGGCAAGACCCCAGCACAGAUCGUUGCAGAAAAGAAGCUUGAACUGCUGCAGGACCCGGAGGCCCUGGAGCAGCUCUGCCGCUCCACCCUGGAGGCGCAUCCCCACGUGAGGCCCGGCCAGAGCCUGUGCAAGCUGAUGUCCGGGGCCCUGUCCACCUGUGCCUGGAGAUGCCGCCUCCACAGAAGGCUUCAUGGACAUCCCAGGGUUCCAGGAGAGGUGUGGCGAUGCCCCGACUUUACCCUGAGUUCUGUCUGUGCUGAGAAGAGGACAGAUGUCUCCAUCAUGACUGGUGCUCCGGAGGCAGCGGGGACCCGGAGAAGAGCGGACCGUCCCCCGCCAGCACCUCAGCUGUUCAUGGUUCUGGUUGUGGAUGCUGGCUCAGGACUUCCCUAACUGGGAGUAAUGGGAGGACUGUCCUUCCUCCCAGCCAGAAGAGCAGGGACAGGAAGGAAACCAGCCAUCUGGUUUAUUUCAGACAGGCAUGAAGAGGUAAGGUUUUACUUUGUAAAAAAUAAGUGACGCAGAAGUGUUGAGAAUAUGUGAUAUCACCCAGGAAGCCGUGUGCCCCUUGCACGUCCUGUUAACGGUGCUGAAAACCACUGGGCCUGCCAGUAAACUGUGUUCAUCAAACCGCUUUUCGAGACAGAAAGUAAGAGCCAGUCCCCAACCCCUGACCCCCACCCCUUUGCUCCUGAGACUGGAAUCUGGCAGCAGCGUGAUUUUGUAAGAAAUGGUAAGAGUUCAGUUUUGUUUUCCAAACUCCAUUUUCACCAAAGACCUGGCUUCUUGGUCAUCAGACUUUACAGAAAGCACUAGCCAACCUUUGCAGACCAUUUUAAAUCAAGGGCUGACUUGAAUGGGACUGGGGAGGGGCAGGGACAGUUGAAUGAAGACCAUUUACCAAUAAUAUCGUGUCAUAUGUAAACUGUAUUAUGGACUGAUCAUUUUGGAGAAAAAUGCCAUUGCUGGGGUGAGGGUGGGGGGCAGAGAGAGAAGGAAAUGGGUAAAAGGGGGUCAGCUGCAUGGUGGCAGGCAGAAAUAGCCCUUGGUGGUGAACACACUGUAAUGUAUAGUGAAGCAGAAAUAUGUUAUCCACAUGAAACAUACAGUGUUAUAAACCAGUUACCUCAGUUUAACACAGAACACUGAAUCUCUACAACGCUGAAUCCAGCUCUGACAACUGCCCGUUAUCUUGAAUGCCCACUUUCAAAAUCCAAAAAAUCAGAUUAUGUUGUUAUAACUGCUAAUAAGAAAAAAAAAAAGCACAGCUGAUAUCUUACUUGGAACCUGACUAGAGAUUUGAAAUACAUGUUUAUGUAACACCUUAAGAAAUUCACAACGCAUGGCUCUACUUGU